CAGACUGUAGUGGCAGCAAAUCUCCCCUUCAUCAAACCUCCUCUUCAUCAGUGACCGUUAGUAUGGAUAUUCUAAUAGGGGCGAAUUAGCCUGUUAACCCCGGGAGAUAAUCUCCGUAAAUCUUCCCUCGGAAUAGACAGGGGCAGAGGUAGGGGGCUGUGCCGGGAAUAAGCGGUGCGGCGGGGAGGAGCGCAGCGCGGUCCCGGUGGAUGCGACAGCGGCAUGGAGAUGUUGCGCCGCUCCUCCGUGUUCGCGGCUGAAGUGUUUGACCGCUCUCCGACCGACAAGGAGCUGGUGUCCCAGGCCAAGGCGCUGUGCAGGGACUACAUCCACUCCAGGCUGAACCGAGCCGGGAUAGGCUGGUCCAAACCCGAGCACGGCCUGGCUGCCUCGGGGGGGGCUCUGGGGGAGAUCUCCUCCGUGAUGCUGUGGCUGGGUGAUGAGUUGGAGUACCUUCGACCCAACGUGUACCGCAACGUAGCGCGACAGCUCAACAUCACCGUGGCCUCAGAGAACAUUGUGUCGGAUGCUUUCCUGGCUGUGGCUGCAGAUAUAUUCUCCACAGGUGUGACCUGGGGGAAGGUGGUUUCUCUGUACGCUGUGGCCGGAGCCUUGGCAGUGGACUGUGUUCGCCACGGACACCCAGCCAUGGUUCAUACCAUCGUGGACUGCAUGGGGGAGUUUGUGCGCAAGAGCCUGAGCUUGUGGUUAAAAAGGAGAGGGGGCUGGGUGGAUGUUACAAAGUGCGUGGUGAACACUGAUCCCAGCUUCCACUCCCACUGGCUGGUGUCUGCCACUUGUGCCUUUGGACACUAUGUGAAGGCCACCGUGCUGUACCUCCUGAGGGAGAAGUGAGAGACAAGGUCCCACACUGGAUGAAGCACUCUAAGCAGCACUCUGAGCAGCACUGUACACCAGCAGCACUGCUUUGGAUUAUGUUUACACUCAUCUGCACUGAGCCUUCAUGGAUGAACACCCAGGCCUUCAUGAGGACUCUGUUGUUCUUUCUACAUUGUAUAUUUAUUGUUAACGGUUAUGUUAUGGCACACGUUUGAUUUGAAUGUAUAAAUGACACAACGUUUUUAGCUUUACAUUUUCCCUGCACUUUUUAUGCUGUGGUUUGAAUCCCUCUAGUGGUUGAAACGGUUACUACUGUAAAUAGAUGACAUCUUGUUUUUUCACUUCUCACCUAGAUGGCCUUUAUUGACCAACAGGUUAGUGUAUGCUGGGUAAAUGUAAAAUACAACAUGAUUUCCUCUUACUAAGGGACAGUAACAAAUAUAUUAUUUUCAAUAGUGAAACACGCAGCGCUCACUCAGACAGUACUUCACAAUCAACACAACUUUCUCUAUUGGUGGCGAAGUCCCUCCCCUUCCGGUGGACCUCCAUGGAACCUUAUUUCGAAAAAAAUAUAUGUAUUGAAGUCAAUGGAGAGAGAAAGAUUAUCUUUCGAUCCCGUUUGAAUUGUGCCACGAAUUACACAUGAUGUUUGUCAAUUUAAAAGAUAAUUUUGCAAGUCAAA